UGAUACGUGUGCAUCUGUCAUUCUUAUUUUAUGUGAGGUUUUGGUCCGUCAACGGUAGAAGGCAUGGGAUAAAAACAAAGGGAGAAGUGAAAAUGGUGUUGAGUUUGAAUUAUGGUGAGAUUAAAAAAGGGAUAUUGUAGGGCUGAUUGAGCGUUAUAAAUAGUUAGUGGGGGAGAGUUGAGUGCUCACAUCGACAGAGUGGAAUAAAAGAGAAAGAGUGAGAGAAAUAGAUUUGAGUUUUGUGGAGUUUCUGAAGCAUGGCCAACUCUACCGUUUUCCUUUGCCUUAACCUCUCUUUACUAAUCUCUCUCGUCACCGCCUCUUACUAUCAAAGCCUAACCCCAACGCUGAUGGGUUUCCGUGAGGACAAGUUCACUCAUCUUCACUUCUUCUUCCACGACGUAGUCACCGGGCCCAACCCCAGCAUGGUCAUUGUCGCCGAGCCCAACGGAAAAGCCAAGGACGCCCUUCCCUUCGGCACCGUUGUCGCCAUGGACGACCCCUUGACGGUCGGACCCGAACCCGACUCCAAACUCGUGGGGAAGGCCCAGGGCAUUUACACUUCCAUAUCUCAGGCCGAGAUGGGGCUCAUGAUGGUUAUGACCAUGGCCUUCACCGACGGAGACUUCAACGGCAGCACCAUCAGCGUGUUGGCCAGAAACAUGAUCAUGAGCGAACCCGUUAGGGAAAUGGCCAUCGUUGGCGGCACUGGGGCUUUUCGCUUCGCUCGUGGCUACGCUCAGGCCAGGUUCCACUCCGUCGAUUUCUCCAAAGGCGAUGCCAUCGUCGAAUACGACGUCUUCGUCAAUCAUUAUUGACACUCAUAUUAUAAUACUAGUUAUUAUCAUUCAUCCUUUUGUUUUGCUUUAUGCUUUGUAAUUCACCCCACCCUUAUAAGGUCACUGUCUUUCCCUCCUCUUACGAUGCACUGUAAGAAUAUAACUUGUGGGGGUAUUGUCUUAUUAUUGAUGUAUGUUGUUAGCUUUUAUUUUCUCUUGUCAACCAAUUCAUAUUGACAUUGAUAUUGGUAGAGAAUAUUCUCACUACGUCGUUUCCAAACAAAUGCAAACAUUCCAUUCUAAACAUAGUAAUGCUGUUUACUGUUGCCUUUGAAAUAUUAUGUAAUAUCAGAG